AUGGUGGGAGGAGGAUUUCAGGAAGAGCGCUGAGUGCUACGUGUGCAAAAACUUCUAACUUCAACAAACUUUACUUUCUUUCUCUUUGCCUAAAUAAAGGCUUACAUCUCUAGAAAGAGUCGGACAGCGUUGUGGCAUUAUGUCUGGGAUGAAAAAGCAGAAAACGAAGCAAAAAUCGAGGCUACAGUGAGGCACUUACUAUGGAAGUGAAUGGACAUUUACACAGAAAAGGACCUGCAGAGAGCAACCAAUGUUGUAUACCAAGCUCACCAUGUGAGUAGAACCAAGCGUGGCCAAGUGGUUGGUACCAGAGGUGGCUUUCGUGGCUGUACUGUUUGGCUGACAGGGCUGUCUGGUGCAGGAAAAACAACUAUUGGAUUCGCUUUGGAGGAAUAUUUGGUUUCUCAUGCCAUUCCCUGCUACUCACUUGAUGGUGACAAUAUCCGACAUGGUUUGAACAAAAACCUGGGCUUCACAGCAGCUGACAGGGAAGAGAAUAUCCGACGUAUUGCAGAAGUGGCCAGGCUGUUUGCAGAUGCCGGACUGGUUUGCAUCACUAGUUUCAUUUCGCCGUUUACUAAGGAUCGAAACGAGGCCAGGGAUAUCCAUGAGAAAGCAGGUCUGCCAUUCUUUGAGGUGUUUGUAAAUGCCCCUCUGGAGGUGUGUGAGAGCAGAGAUGUGAAAGGACUUUAUAAAAAGGCCCGUGCUGGAGAGAUUAAAGGUUUUACAGGAAUAGACUCUGACUAUGAGAAACCUGAAUCCCCUGAGCUUGUGUUAAAGACAGGAGAGCUCACUGUUAAUGACUGCAUUCAGCAACUAGUGGAGCUCUUGAAGGAACAGAAUAUUGUGCCCACGGGUGUGACAGAGGAAGUGAAUGAGCUCUUUGUUCCUGAAAACAAGCUGGAGCUGGUGCUGAGUGAUGCCGAGACACUCCCAACGGUCACCAUCACAGAGAUAGACUUGCAGUGGGUACAGGUUCUGGCUGAGGGAUGGGCGACUCCACUUAGAGGAUUCAUGAGGGAGAGAGAAUUCCUGCAAGUUCUGCACUUUGGAACUUUACUUGAUGGUGGGACCAUCAACAUGUCUGUGCCCAUUGUGCUUCCCGUUGCCAAGGAGGACAAGGAGAGGCUGGACGGUUGUGCUGCUUUUACCCUGGAAUUCAAAGGUUGCAAAGUGGCAAUCAUGCGCAACCCUGAGUUUUAUGAGCAUCGUAAGGAAGAGAGGUGUGCCAGGCAAUGGGGGACAACGUGCCCCCAACAUCCACACAUCAAGAUGGUAAUGGAGAGUGGUGAUUGGCUGGCCGGUGGAGACUUGGAGGUGUUUGAGCGAAUUAGGUGGAAUGAUGGUCUUGACCAGUACCGUCUCACUCCUCGGGAGCUAAGACAGAAAUUUAAGGAAAUGAGAGCAGAUGCCGUCUUUGCCUUCCAGCUGCGUAAUCCUGUGCACAACGGCCAUGCUCUCCUCAUGCAGGACACGAAGCGCCGCCUGCUAGAGCGAGGCUACAAGAACCCUGUGCUGUUGCUGCACCCUCUGGGUGGCUGGACCAAAGAGGACGAUGUACCACUGGACUGGCGCAUGAAACAGCAUGCUGCUGUGCUGGAAGAGGGGGUGCUGGAUCCGGCAAGCACUAUUGUGGCCAUUUUCCCCUCACCCAUGAUGUAUGCCGGGCCUACAGAGGUACAGUGGCAUUGUCGGGCCCGGAUGAUCGCUAGUGCCAACUUUUACAUUGUAGGACGAGACCCAGCAGGUAUGCCCCACCCGGAGACAAAGCAGGACCUGUACGAGCCCACACACGGUGGAAAAGUAUUGACCAUGGCACCAGGCCUCACCUCUCUAGAGAUUAUUCCUUUCAGAGUUGCUGCAUACAACAAAGUUAAAAAGGCCAUGGAUUUUUACGAUGAGGAAAGACAUGAUGAAUUUGAGUUCAUCUCAGGGACCAAAAUGCGAAGCCUCACCCGAAGUGGGCAGAACCCUCCAGAUGGUUUCAUGGCCCUCAAAGCAUGGAAAGUCUUAGCUGAGUACUAUAGUUCUCUGCAAAAGGACCAGUGAGCAAUAGCCACUGGCCUCUAUAUAAUUUAGCUCUAUAUAAUCUAUGUCUUUAGAAAUUCUAAAAAUAGACUGAUGCAUUUAUAUGUAUAUAUAUAUUACGCACGCACGCACGUACACACACACACAAUAUAUAUACUGUAUCUUACAACAAACCUUUAGUGUAGACUUUUUAAAUAUAUUUAUUACUGAUAUACCACACAUUUUUUUAGAUAAACAUUUAUCUAUAUUUAUCCCCUGAAUUUUUAAGUGUGAUUAUGGUGUAUUUUGUCCCCAGUAUCCCACUUAUAGAAAACAUGCACAUUUGAACUAGUUAUUGCCGUCUCAGAUGUUUUAUAGACUUGUCUAAUCAAGCAAAUCGAAAUAUGCCUGACAGUAAUUAGACCAACAUUUUGCCUACCUCAACUGGAACUUUAAAUGUUUAAUGGUGUUCAUCUUGACAGUAUUCCCUAUUGGUUUAUGUCACUAUUGACCGUGGAGAACGUCUUGUAAUCAACACAGUUUUACACACAGAAUUGUAUUAAAUUCUUUUUAAGAAUUUAAAGAUGUUAAGUACAGAAAGGAGAUUAUGACCACAGUAAAAAUGUAUGAGACGUUUACAAGUAAAAUUGUUCUUUUUACAUUGUACUUUUCAUGUG